UCAUUCGGCUCGCGUUGUGAUCACAGUCAGUCGGUAAACAGCUCGUGUAGGAGAAACACUGAAACAGUGACCAACCGCGAUAUAAAAAUUUUCUUUUUGUCGACAUAAAACUGGAAAAUUACGUCCACAAAGGAACGAAGAUUUCAGGGUUUGUUAGCACGUAAAAAGGGGAGGCGGUUCAGCCACUUGCGUUGCCCAGACGGGUACGUUCCGUUGAGACAGCUUAACUUCAACAAAGAGCCGCCUUGGGACCCCAGCUAACACCUGCCGACAGCAAGUGUCCUCACUGGCCAGUGUUUAUAUAACCAUUCUUAUUUGUGCUACUAAAUUCCUGUAAACUUUAAACAAAAAAAAGAAGAAAUCAUGAAGCAGUACCUAGGAAACCAGGCUGUUGAUAUUCAUCAGAGUGGCCAUUCUACCCACUCCAUCAUUGAAACACAUGUUGCUCACGCUAAACUCGAGGGGGGUGACGAGUCACUGAUCAUUGGAAACCUUGGUGACAUAGUCCACAAGUACAACAACUGGGUGAGAAAGAUUCCACGCGUCAAACCGUUCUACGCGGUCAAAUGCAAUGACGACUCCGCUGUCCUGCAAAUCCUUGCUGAUCUGGGAGCCAACUUUGACUGUGCAAGCAAGGCCGAGAUCCAGAAAGUGCUGUCCAUGGGUGUGUGUCCCUCACGCAUCAUCUACGCUAACCCUUGCAAGCAGUCCUCCAUGAUUAGAUUUGCAGCCAAGGCAAAUGUCGAGAUGAUGACCUUCGAUAACGAAUCUGAAUUGCAUAAAGUGAAAAGUCUCUUCCCCACUGCCAAGCUGGUUCUCCGCAUUCUACCGCCCAGCAACUUCAAGGUCCAGUGCGAGCUGGGCAUUAAGUUCGGUGUGAACCCCGCCAAGGCCAUCCAUCUCCUGCGCGCAGCCAAGAGCCUAGACCUGGACGUCAUGGGGGUCAGCUUCCACGUAGGUAGCGGGUGCCAGGAGCCUGAGGCGUUUGUGGCAGCCAUCCAGCAGGCGCGCAUGGUGUUUGACCAGGGACUUGACCUCGGGUUCAACAUGACCCUGCUUGACAUUGGUGGAGGCUUUCCAGGCCACGCAGGCUCCUUCAUCGCCUUUGAUGCUAUCUCCCAGGUUGUGAACAUGGCACUUGACAAGUAUUUCCCUGCCGAGGAGGGCGUGACACUGAUUGCUGAACCAGGUCGUUACAUGGUUGCCUCCGCCUUCACACUGGCUGUCAACGUCAUCGCCAAGCGUGUGGUGGCUCGCGACCAGAAUGGCAGCACUGAGGAGCUCAAUGGUGAGCCAAGCGUGUCUGACCAGCCAGCGGUCAUGUACUACGUCAGUGACGGGGUCUACGGCUCAUUCAACUGUCUACUGUAUGACCAUGCCGAAGUGAACAUCAAGCCACUCAAGUAUGUGGAUGUCGAUGACAUGACCUUUGAGAGCAGCGUGUGGGGGCCGACAUGCGACGGUAUGGACUGUAUCCUGAAGAACGUUCAGCUGCCUAUGCAUGAGGUCGGCGAAUGGUUCUACUUUGAGAACAUGGGCGCGUACACUAUCGCCGCGGCGUCCACCUUCAACGGAAUGCAGAAUCCCACACGCUUCUACUACUGCGAUGCUGACAUUUGGUUUGACGUCUACCCAGAGGCUGUGACAGGAUACCAUAGCGCCCAGCAUGGCCUCCCCUUCCUGCGCGCAGGCCACUCCCUGCAUGACACCUUCGAGACCGCCUCCGAAAUGUUUGGUGAAAGCAACGGCAUCAUGUGUAAUUACUAGAACAACCACAACACUCUUCCCUGGAAGUAACGACCCAUCGAAAGAAAUGGACCUGAUACUGCUUCAAUGAUUUUGACUUUUUACACUCGGAACUUUUUGAUUUUAGUGUUUUUUAAUUAUAGUUUUGAUACUUUGUGUUUUAUCAGAACCCUGUUUUUUUAGAAUAAAGUAUCUUUUUCGGGGGUAAUGUCCAUUUUCUUGACUGGUAAUAUUGGAAUGGUUUUAUAAAAAGGGGUAUAAUAUGAAGAAAUGCUAUUAAAACAGGGUUCUUAACAUUUUGUGUUGGUCUUUAGAUUUUAAACAUUACUUUUAUUCCCCAUUCUUUAUUACAGUUGUAUUAUUUUCCAAACAUCGCAUGUACUAUAGAUGCCAUCACGUUACUCAUGACCUUACCAUCAUUUAUUCAUGUGUGUACAAAGAUUUAUUUGCGUAUUCACAUAUGAUAUAUUGGACCAAUGUUUUUGCUCAUUGUUUACAUUGUCAAGUUCUUUAUAAACAUGUGUUAAAAAUCUGUUUAAUUUGUGACUGUCUUUGCUGAAAUAUUUGUUGUAUUUGAAAGUCAUGUUUUUUAAUCAAAGUAAAAUUAAAUUGAUACAUAACUCAUCAUGGUCAGGUAUUUGAAGAAUUAUUUUUUAAAAGUUCAAAUAUUUACCAACUAUUCACUAACUAUUUUUGUAUUGCGAAUACAUAGAGAUGACCAAUUGACAAUCUUAUUGUUUUCAAUGUUUUACAUGUCUCAAUGGUGCUGGACAUUUUUAUUCCCAUGUCAUUUUACUUUUGGUCAACAUGUACAUUUUACAACUAAAUUAAUAACAUGGCCGGAUUUCUCACAUAAUUUCUACAUUUGUAAACGUAAUACUAGUACAAUUUGACUGCUGCAACAUCAAUAUAAUGUAAUUAAUGGUUGUUCAUUUACAAAUAUACCACGUUUUAGUUAAUAAUGCAUUAUGGGUGUCAACUUUAAACAACCAAUCAUUUUCUGCUAAAUUUUAUCUGUAGAUUGUAUGUUUGAGGAGAAUUUUGUUGCCUGUCAAAUUGCUAGUGUUGAAGCAUGUUGCUUCCAUUUGUAACAUAGCGGGCAUGAAUUACGUUUGGCAUCUAUGGUAUUAUGUAUAUUCCUUAUUUCUUUUUUAAGUGUUUGGUAUUCAUUUUAUCAUGAGGGGUAUGUGAAUGUUGUUUUGCUUAUGACUAUGUAACACUUGGUGUAAGAAUUGAAUGCAAAUUUCCCUCUGCAGAUUUAUUAUAUUACCAAAGUAACUGCCAAAAUAAUGGUCCAAAAUAACGAUUUUUACGAUCAUUUCAUUAAUCAUCUGCAUUGGCAAAAGAAAUGUGCCUUCAACUUCUUCACAUUAUGAAAUAUAUUCCUAGUUUUUUCAGUCAUUUUUCAGCGUAUAAACCCCAAUCACUUAAAACGGAAGAUAACGGAAAGUAAUAGUUGCUCCUUGAAUAGUGUAAUUUGAUAUUAAUGAAACAUUCAUGUUCUAUUCAUACAACCAAUAGCUAACAAUAGAUUGGUUAUAUAAACACUGAGGGCACUUGCUUGAAAGCUCCGUCUGGCCAGAUUUUAAUGUUGUACCUUUAAUUUACACCAGUGUCUUUAUUGUGUUGAGUGUAUUGGUGUAACUUACAGUUACAGGUGUUCAUUAUUGUCUAAUAAAGUGCUUCAUAAACACAA